CUUGCAUUGCAAUGGUAGUGAGCUUGUAUCGACGUAUAUAUGUUUUUUCGACGUCUGCUUCACGAAACCCCUUAAGUAAAACGGUGAUCCACAAAUAUAAGACCUUAACGCAGAGUAAAAGAUUUUGACAUUUAAACUUCGUGAGGUUUAUGUUCAACUAUGUCGAGAAUUUCCAGUGCCUUUUCUGAAAAUGAAAAUGUCCAGCUUGAAGAUAGGCCAACAUCUAGAAGAGGAAUGGUAUCUAGGCAGAGCCCUGUGAUGGAAGAAAAUGCAUCCAGAUCUGUCAUACCUCACAGACCUUCAACUGGACGGCCACCUUCGGCAUCAUUGUACAAUGCACGUAGUGCAAUGCCAGGCACAGCAUCAAGGCUAGCUUCAUCUGUUUAUCAGCCAGCAUCACGUCUGGGAACAGCAGUAAAUUUAGCUGGAGCACAGUUGAAUGUCGUGGAUAGACCAGUGACACAACAGGGGCUGACUGGACUCCGUACAGCUUCCAGAGGACCACAGAAACGGCAAGUUGAAGAUAAACGAUAUUUUGAAGGAAUACUUCAGAUGAAGAUCAGAGAACUUUCAUCUGAAAUAAGUCAUUUGAACAAGGAUAUUGAGACUCGGUCAGCUGAACAAGCAACUUUUUUGAUUUAUGACAAGAGAGUUAAAGAAAUGGCAGCUGAACUUACAGAUCUACAAGGCAAGUUAGCUGACUAUAAUUUGGUUUUUGACAAAAUAAGCACAGAUACUGAGAAAAGAGAGAUAGAUAAUGAGAGACUUGAAAUGGAGCAUAGAAAUGCAAAGGAAUCAAAUUUUCUAGAGCAACUUUUUGCUCAGAGAAGGCAAAAGGAAUCACAAAUUCAGCAAAUUGAAAUCGAAAUUGAGCAGGAGCGUCAUAUGGCUGAUAAUCUACUUGCCCAGAUGAGCCCUCCAUUGCGUGAGCAUUAUGCUGUGCUACAGAAAACAAACAAUGAGCUGCAAAGGCAGAUGGAAGAGCUACAGCAACAGCUUGAUACACUUACUGUUCAAAAAUCGAAUUUUGAAGACCAGAUAUCAGUUUCAGAGGUAAAGCAAGAGGCAGUUCGUCUGCACCACAAAUUGUUGGAAGCACAAGAAAAGCGAGAUCAGUUAUUACAGGAAGAGAGGAUGAGGUCCACUCCAGCUAAUGAAAGAGAACAAUUGCUGCAGAGGGUAAAAGAUGAUAAUUCAGAAAUAGCAACCAUGGAAAGGCAGAUGUCACAGAUGAAGGAACUAAUUUCCAAAAAGCAAGAGGAACUGACCCAACUGGAGCAGGAUGUGGAGGAGAGUCAAAGUGAGCGGCACCAGAAAUACAGAGACCUCAGACGACGUGAAGAAACUAUGGAACAGUUUCUUUCAACAUAUAAAGAAAAUUAUGAACAGAGCAUAGCCCGUCUGGAUCAGUUGGAGAGUGAUAUUGAGAUAGCUUUACAAGAAAUAAGCAGGAACUUGGCUCGUUCUGGGCAUCUUCCUAGUGUAGAAGACUUUUCUGUAAUGAAGGACAACUUAUUAUUUAAGGAGGGUGAAUUGGAGAAGUCUAAGAAAACAUCAGAAACAUUAAUCAAAGAACAGCAGCAACUGCAGAUCAAUCUUCAAAAGGUUGAAGCGUUGGAAGGAAAGAUUAAAACUGAAAUGGAAACUCUGCGAGAAAAAAUGACAACAAUGACAAAUGAAAUGGCUUCUCUUUCUAAUUUAGACAAACUUAGAGAGGAUGCUCUCAGCAAACAGGAACUUCUGAUAAAAGAAAAGGAAGUUCUUUUAGAAAAGCAAGCUCCUCUUAAGAUGAAUGUUGAGGAACUGCAAAUUAAGUUUGAUGAUCUGAAGAACCAGCUAAAUGACAAUGAAACUUACGCACAGCUUAGCAACUUGGAAAGGAAGCUAAUGCAAUUGGAACAGAAUAACUUUGCUAUGAAAGAAUUCAUUGCAACAAAAAAGUCUGAGACUGAUUAUGAACCACUCAAGAAUAAGGUUUAUUCACUUGUACAAGAAUACAACACAUUGCUUAAGGAGAAUGUAAAGAAGGGUAAUAUAGCUAUUUGAUGGAUAAGUGGCUGAAAUUAUGAAGUGAACCUGAUGGAGUAGCACUACAAAGAAAAUUAACACAAAGCUACUUUAAUUAUCAAGAGGUAGUUCAUUUCAAUACAUUUCAUUUUUUCAGGCAUUAACUGAUUGCAAUAUAGCAUCACUAGCUGAUUUAUGAGCUUAAAAAUGAUAAAAAGCUUUGUAUUUAUUUUUCUAAUAAGUACAUCUUAUAAAACUUCUCUAGUUCUGGGUCUGUAAAGACAGGAACAAAAUUCACUUUCACAAUAGUAGAAAAUCCUUCCUCAGUAGUUGGUUCCUCAUAUUUUGCCCUGAAAUAACAAAGAAAUUUCGUAUUAAAGUCAGAACUGUAAAAAACUGAGAGAAAUAUUUGCUGAAAAAAUGAAGUUAUAAAGAGGAAAAAGAGCUCCUCUGAUGGUUGAAAUUAAACUCAAUGCCCCCCACACUCCACCCCCCCAUGUGCCUCAUCAAACUCCACUGCCAUCCACAUGACGACCCACUCAUCCCAUGGGUGUCACAAGUAUACCCCACCACCCAUUUUCAUUUUCACAGAGAGUAACCACUGCCACAUUACUAUCCCAUGUGCUUUCUGUCACUCCCCCCCUAGCCAUCAGCUAGCUGUACCUGGAACCUCCCCUCUCACUGCCGGCCUCUUUUCCUCCCCUUGCACACUCGACCUAAUACAAUCCCUCAACACAGUCGUACACUCAGUGCCAGUACAAUGUAGUUACACAGGUGUUUGUAUUCUCCUUCAAGCAGUAAUGAAGACAAAAUAUAAGUCAUGCAUGAUGGUUCCACCAAAAAUUACAUUAAUGCUUGAUAGGCAGUUAGAACCCUGUUAGACAAAUCUAUAUUCUUUACUUGCCUCCUGUAUCCAGUCAGUUUUGGUCAUUAACACUCUUAUGUCCAUGUUCAUCAUUUUCACUGCAACUGACUGUAAAAACAUGUGUGUAUUUAUUGUAGUUUUGUUUU